AAGAAUUUUUACAGGAGAGAGUUGCUUUGAGUGCAGGAUGAGGACAAAAACAGAUGCUGUAGGGUAGUCAAGAUGUGAAGCCAAGGUGAACGCGGUGAAGCCCCACCAAAUUCGUCUCUUCGGCCUCUUCAACACCAUUCGACCGCGAUAGCUUCGCAAACAGGCCCGACGACAACAAUGGCGCCAAUCGACCACGCCGCCGCCAAGGCUGAAAAGAAGGCGAAAAAGGAGAAGAAGCGAGCCCGAGAAGAAGAUGCAGCUGCCGACACCGAGCGAAAGCAUAAAAAGUCCAAGAGCGUCGCUGCCGUAGAAGCACCUGAAGCAAGCAGCGAUUUGAAGGCCGAGAAGAAAAAGAAGAAGAGCAAGAAGGACAAGCAUGCCGAAGAUGCCGUCGCGCAAGCAGAGACAAAAGCCCCCGCGGUAGAGGAAAAGCCGGAGAAGAAACAUAAGAAGAAGAAGCAUCACGAUGCGGAAGUUGCAGUCACAGAAGAGGUCGACACCCCGGUUGCAGCGGAUAGCGAGAAGAAGAAGAAGAGCAAGAAGAAUCACAAGGAAACCGAAGCGAUAGAAAUUGCAGAGCGACCAAAGAAGUCCAAGAAGGACGAGACCGCUGUUGAGCCCGAGGAGGAUGCUUCACCCGCUGACCCUGAUGCCAUGGAGAUUGACAUGCCUCCUCCCGCCAAGCCCUCGAAGUCGAACAGCAACAUUUACCAACCACCCGAUAUCCCCGCGAACCCUCAAUUCCCCUUCUUCACACAGACCGUGUCACUCUACGAGCCUCUCUUCCCCAUUGGCUGGGCGCAGCCUGUCACAAACUGCCAGCAACAGCACCUCUCACAUCUCCGAAACAAGUACGUGCCUUCGCUGCGCGGUGUUCUCCUCGAUUACAAGAAUGUCGCUUUCGGCGAAAACCCUGGACGAAAGGGUGCGGCUACGGAUGAUGAGUCGCCGGCGACUGUCAUGGCCAAGGGCGAGUCUGCUGUUGGCUUUGGCUGGAUCACUGCCGAUGUUGAUCUUUUCGUGCCGAGUCGCGGCGCUUGGAUGGAGGGCAGUGUUAACUUGCAGACUGAGGGACACAUUGGCGUUGUUUGCUUUGGCAAGUUCAACGCUUCAAUUGAAGCUCGUCGACUUCCUCCCGACUGGAAGUGGGUUCCCAACGAAUCCCCCGAGGCCCAAGGCUUCGAGGAGACCGCUUCAGUCAUCACCGCCGACGAUCACGGCGUGGUUCGUCAAAUCCACAGCACCGGUUUCUGGGCCGACGGCAACGGCGACAAAGUUAAGGGCAAGAUCCGCUUCCGGAUACGUAACUUCGACGUCGGCACCAGUGGUGAGACCAGCUAUCUCAGCUUGGAGGGUACAAUGCUAGACAAGGCCGGUGAGAAGGCCGUCGUGGCUGAAGAAGCAGAGACAGCCAAGAUGCGAAAGGGCAAGAAGGGUGGCCAGCGCGUUCAGAGAAGACGUAUUCCCGAGUUCAGCAUGACGCGCUUCGCUGUAGAGGGAGAGGAGCAGACGGAGGACAACGAGGCAGAGAAGCGCGAGGUGUUGGCGCUGCCCGAGGAUCUAUAAGAAGAGAAAAGCAUGGGACUAUAGGGAGCCAGGAGUUGUGUGAUACCUCGAUUUAAUGAUGAACACUGUUACCAAAAAGUUUGCGCUAAUGCUAAAAGAUCGCUGCCUUUGUCGUUACAAAGGAUCCUGCCCAGUACUUAUAUACAAAAACGACCAAUCCUUAACGCCGAAUACGUGAUACAUAAAGACUGCUCAUGCAGCAGCCUUGACCAUAGGUUCCCAUGGUCGAGCCAAAUUCCAGAGAUAUACUUCUCCGACGGGCUCUUCGCCCAGAGCCUUGACAAGAAUGUGUUGAAAGAGAGGCACGUUGGAGAACAGCGGCGCAACGGGAG